AUGUCCAACAUACCCCUCACGCAGCAGGUCACAGCCUUCAACGACUACGUUGGCAAUGCGCAGAACCGCGACCGUGUCAUGUCGGUUGUGCAGUUCGGUGCGAUGGCCCUGACGACCCCUGCCGCCGCCGCCGGUUUCCCGGAGCUAUCCGCGCACCUCAACACGAUCCUCCACGGUGCCGCGCACUACCGUACCGUCACCCGCUUCUCGCAGUGGCUCGUCGUUGCCCCGGCCCUCACCCCCAGUGGCAUCAAGAGCGCCGUCGCAAGCCAUCCGAACCCACUCGUGGGCAUCUGCAAGACCAUUUCCACCGCCUUCUUUACCAUCUUCCUCAUCGGCGAGGAGCUCGUUCUGGCCUCCAAGUGCAACAUGCUCGACCCUGUCCUCGGCAGGCACUUCAACCGCAUCCGCUUUGUCUUUCUUUUCUGGUCAAACAUUGCACGUCUCGUCAUGAACUACCUCCUGCUGAAGAGCAGCAAGUACGACGCCGUCAAAGACAGCCAGAACAAGGAGAAGACAAAGGACCACCGCCGCAAGGUGCUUAGCGUGGCGGACGGCGUGCUUCAGAGCAUGUUCUGCUACACCCUUCUCAAGAGCUCCGCGCCGGCGGGCCCCAAGUACCUCAGCGCUGCUCUUCGGUCGGGCAAAGCGGUGGACAUCAUCACCUCCCUUGCCCCGCCGCUGCUUGUGGUACCCAGCACUCCGCAGGGUAUGCUUGGCCUCGCGGCCUCUGUCCCCGGCUUCAUGAUGAGCGUCUUAUAA